GAAGUGAGUUUCAGCUCAGUUAUUGUGACUCACACAGUUUAAUUAACUGUGUUCUGUAGUUUAUCAUCAGCAUCACAUUGAGUUUAAGGUUUUAAGUCUAUGUUCACUGGAUGAUGAAUUUCUUCUUGUGUAAGUAAACUGAGUAUUGUUCAUGUGUGAUUGAUGUAUUGUUUUCAUACACUGACCAGCAAUCAUGAAUGUGAAGUUUUAACUAAUUAACCCUCUGUAAAUCUCUAACAAAAUGUGAAAUAAUCAUUAUUAGUUCAUCCUGUAAACAGUGUUAUGAACCAAAGGAGGAUCAUGAUGAACUCUACACAGAUUUCUUAUUUCACACUUGCUGCCUACUUUGACACUGGAUCCUUAAAAUACUUAUAUUUUAUGAUUCUCACAUUGUUAUAUGUUUUAAUUCUUUGUGCCAAUGUGUUGCUGAUAGUGAUUAUCUGUAUGAACAGAAGUUUACAUGAACCUAUGUACCUGUUUCUGUGCAGCCUGUUUGUAAAUGAAUUGUAUGGUAGUACAGGGUUGUUUCCAUUCCUUCUGCUUCAGAUCCUCUCUGACAUUCACACUGUUUCUGUUCCCUUUUGUUUCCUGCAGAUUUAUUGUGUUUAUACAUAUAUAAGUAUAGAAUUUUUCAACUUAGCCAUCAUGUCUUAUGACAGAUAUCUUGCUAUCUGUUAUCCUCUACAAUAUAACACACAAAUGACGUCCAACAAGGUUGCAAUGAUUAUUGCUGCAACAUGGAUAUACAACUUACUUCUAGUUUCUGUCACAAUAUCCUUGAGCUCCUCUUUACAGCUGUGUGGAAACAUUAUUAACAAAGUGGUCUGUAACAACUACUCUGUUGUCAAACUGGCCUGCUCUGACACAACAGUAAAUAACAUCUAUGGACUAUUUGUUACUGCCUUCUCAGUCUUUGGUCCUCUAAUUUUAAUCUUUUACACUUACGUGAAGAUUCUUAAAGUUUGUUUUUCUGGGUCUAAACAGACCAGACAAAAAGCUGUCAGUACCUGCACACCUCACCUUGUUUCUCUGCUCAACUUUUCUUUUGGGAUUUGCUUUGAAUUAUUACAGAGCAGGUUUGAUAUGAUCAGUGUACCUAAUGUGUUGAGAAUAUUUUUAGCAUUAUAUAUUGUAACAUGCCAACCCCUCUUAAACCCUGUACUGUAUGGACUGAAAAUGUCUCAAAUACGUAAUAUAUGUAAAGGUCUGUUUUGCUGUGACGUGUAGAUAAUUUUAUCACCUU